UUGCGGCUUAAGUUUAGAAAGAAUAAUCAGCAUCAUUUUUGAAAAUUCCAAAUUGAAAGUCGGUCCAAGCUGGCUUGCUUACACUGUUUCAAUUCUACUUCUGACCACCUCGAUCGAUGUGCAUCCACUGUUGUCGCCUCCGCCGGACACCAUGUCCACCGAUUCCCUACAGCUGUCCACACUGUCCGGUGCGCACCAUCUCCAGCUGCUGCCCACUGGGCAGUCGGCCCUUCACCGAGAAUCCUUUUAUUAGGGGUCAGGAUCGGGAGCCAACCCCUGAUCCCUGUGACAGCUUGCCACCUCGCUGGCUUGAGGUCAAUCGACGGGUCAUUUACGCCUUGGCGAAUAGAUUAUAUCGAUCUCCAGAGGCUGCUCAUUAUAUUUUGCUUCGCCUGCUUUAUGCCAACUAUAGAAAAGUGAUGAUGAUAUCCCGAAAACGGAGGAGAUACAGAGUGCCACUAAGUGGGUUUCCAGAUCAGGAUUUGUUCUCCGCUAGCGCACUUUUUGAUAGCAAUGGUUAUCUCUCCGAUCCUAUGGUUCCCGAAACUCUUGGAAAGCUACUCCACAUGAUGCAGGACUAUAUCCUUCGGUUGAGGGCGUUGAAUCGCAAAUACAAGUGGUACGGAAACGGCGAGGACCUUGGAGAUGUAUUGCUCCUAUUGGGGGAACAAGACGAACUGGUAAGAUUGUUAAGAAAUCUCUUUGGAGACAGCGAUCUUGUGUCCAUUCCAAAGCUCCUAGGCGCCCUCAGCGAACUGGAAAUCAAUAAUUUAUUCGGCAAGUGGAAGAAGAAAACCGUGCCCUGCAUGGUGAGAAGUAUAUCCGAUCUCUACUCAGAAGUGACGGAACCAAAAAGUCCAAUUUUGAUAUCAUUAGCGCACAUUUUUAACAAAGAAGUUUCCCCGUCUUCAGUUGGGCCGAGCCAUUUGAAAAACAUCUCAAAUUUCAGUAGAAAGUCCUUGCCUGUGAUAGGUAAAAAUUCACCCUCUUUUGGAAGUAAAAGUGAAAAAUGCAUUUCAACAUCGAAGACAAAUUUAAUCCCAAGCAGUAUAAAAUGCCCCCAGAAAACCAACAUCAAGCAACCAGCAAUCAGUACACGGAUUUUAAAUCCACCUUCCAAGAACGCACAAGAAGAUUCCAUGGACGGCAAAGCUAUUUCCACCAAACCAAAGCAAUCUAUUCAUAGCCCCUUCGAUUCCCAAAAGAACUCCACCUGGAUGCCUCGCCACACAGACUCACAUCGAUUGAUGACGAAUGGUCGGAUUGCCGAAAGACGGGUCCACUACUGUAAAAAUCAGGAUGAGCAACUGAGCCUGUACAAUUUACUAAGAAGGUGA